CCUUUUGUGUCUCCACAGCGCACGCAAGGUGUAGCUCAUUAGAUGUCAAUCAAGCAUAGGAUUAUACAACGAAACCAUAGUUAUGCAAUGCCUGAUAUGAUAUCGGGCAGCAGUGUGUACUAUACGUGAAAUAAGCAUGUCAGUAAUCAAAGUUAGUUGGUGAAGUGUGUGGCGCUUGUGUUUUUGGAGGUCUGCCAGCAGCGCGUCAGAGCUCAUGUCUGCUGUACUGCUGCUGAUCCUCGCGGUGUGGUCGGAUCUCAUCACUGAGAACAACACAUGAAGACGGAGGACUUAGAAAUUAACUCAUGGUUAACAAUAACAGCACAUCAUGCAUCGAUACGGAUCGCCACCAAAGAGCUGGCUUGGACUUCGUUUGCGUCUUUGUGAGAAACCUGCACCUGAACAGAAACCCGGCCUCUUGUGUCAGCAUCCCAACUGUCCCGAACAGCGGCUUGCAUCCAAGGUUUGUCACCACCCGUCCUGUCAGGACCUUCGAGACGGCAGUCCAUUACACUUGUGUGAGUCAUGUGACUCCAUCUGCCAUCCAGCCGCUCAUGACGGCAUGAUAUUUGACAGGCACCCGCGCUUUGACCUGCAGCCACAAGGUUCCAUCCUGGCCCGGAACGUGUCCACUCGUUCCUGUCCGCCUCGCACUGGUCCCCCCUCUGACAUGGAGGACGGAGAGGAUGGAUGUUCAGACCUAGGGGAUCGCAGGAGUGGAGGAAUGAAACUGGUUAAAAAGAAGACCAGACGUCGACACACAGAUGACCCCAGCAAGGAGUGCUUCACUCUGAAGUUUGACUUAAAUUUUGAGGUCAGCAUGGAGAUCGUCCCAGCCGUGAAGAAGAAAACCUUGAGAGAAGUGCUGGGAGCUGUGUUUGAAAGAAAAGGCAUUGAGCUGUCACGUGUAAACCUGUUCCUGGAUCAGUCCAAUACACCGCUUUCACUGGGAUUUGAAGCCUACCGCUUUGGUGGCCACUACCUCAGAGUACGAGCCCGACCAGGAGAGGAUCUAAGGGUGGAGAGGUGUGUGAAAGAUCCUCGUUCUCUCAGUCUGCCUAUCAUGAGGUCCUCCAGCAACACGCACAGCUCCUCUACUGACCGAGCGGAGCAUGGCUCUCUUGGACGCCGAGAGGCAGCAGACCUGCUAGUCGGCCUGGUAGGUCAUGCUGCCUACAUACAGAAGAAUGGGGGUCAAACACGUCGGCGAAAGAACAUGCCGGAGUUUCUGGGUGACUCCAGCAUCUCAAACCAAGACUCCCUGUCCCAGCUUAGUGGAUCUCUUCCAGGAUCUAUAACAGGUCCCGACCGAUGGAGGAACCGCGCCGCCAGCCGAUUCAGCGGCCUAUUCAGCUCCAACUCAGGAAAUGGCUCUCUAGGGAAGGUCAGCAUCCAAGCGUUGUUUUACAGCAGCAAGCCACUUUCUUAUAUGCAAAACAAACACUUAGAUAUUCCUGGCAAAGUCUCUGCAUUUCACACUUGAGUGAGUGUGUGAAGGAAGAAAUUUCAAUUUGUCAAAGUAUUGCUCCACUUAAGGUGAAGCAGUGCAAUUUUCAGUGUUUAUUCAGUGUAAUCC